UUUAGCUGGGUUCUCGGCCUCGGACUAGUCGCGAUGACUUCCGCUUUUCGGUGGCCCUAGUAGGGCGAGCGGCGGUAUGCGGGGCCCGGGAGUAGGUUUGGGACUCUCGGGUGAACGAGAGUUGUCAGGGCAGGAGGCUGACACGGACACGGAUGCGGCGGAGCUGCUGCCCUUCCUGGUGCCCGGAGCGCGGGCAGACCUGCAGGCGGCCGCGGCUCAGCACGUGCUGGCGUUGACUGGUUCAGGCUCGGGCCGCACCCUGUUGGCAGGACAGACAGAAUUGCUGCGGGCUCUGGUUGAGCUUGCGGUGGCCCCGGCCCCAGCUCCUUCCCGCGAUGCCUCCCGCGCGCUCGUGAACCUGGCUGCUGACCCCGGCCUGCACCGGCAGCUGCUGGCGGCGGACCCGGAGCUGCCUGGCCGCCUGCUGCGCUGCGUGUUGGACCCUCAAUGGCCCUGGGCUGAAGAGGCAGCUGCAGUGUUGGCCAACCUGAGUCGCGAGCCGGCGCCGUGUGCUGCCUUGGUGGAGAAGCUGAUGGCCGCUGAGCCGGAGCGGCUGGGUUUAGAGCGUCUUGUCAACGCGCUUUGCAUGCCCAGCUACAACCCCGCCGCACCCCUGCAUUACCUGGGGCCGCUGCUCUCCAACCUUAGCCAACAGGCGGAGGUGCGUGCUUUUCUCCUGGACCCGGACAGGUGCGUGGUCCAACGGCUGCUGCCUCUUACCCAGUACACAGACUCCUCGGUGCGCAGGGGCGGGGCGGUGGGAACACUUCGGAAUUGCUGUUUCGAGCAUCGACACCACAAGUGGUUGCUUGGGCCCCAAGUCGACAUUCUCCCCUUCUUACUACUGCCCUUGGCUGGGCCUGAAGAGUUUUCCGAGGAAGAAAUGGACAGGCUACCUGUUGACCUGCAGUACUUGUCACCAGACAAGCAACGGGAACCAGAUGCUGACAUCCGCAAAAUGCUCAUUGAAGCCAUCAUGCUGCUGACAGCCACUGCUCCUGGUAGGAAGCAGGUACGAGACCAGGGUGCUUACUUGAUCCUUCGAGAGCUGUAUAGCUGGGAGCCAGAGCCUGAUGUGCGAAUAGCUUGUGAGAAGCUUAUCCAGGUGCUUAUUGGUGAUGAGCCAGAGGUUGGCAUGGAAAACCUGCUGGAGGUGCAGGUACCCGAAGACGUGGAGCGGCAGCUGCAACAGUUUGACCAGCAAGAACAGCAAGAGCUGAGGGGCCCAGGUGCCUCACAGACCUAAAGCCCCUUUGGCCUGAAUGCCAGCUCCAGAUCAACCUUUGCCAGUGUUCCCCCUGGGCUCUAGGCUAAAUGCCCAGUAAACGUUGAGAAGCUCAAGGGCACUGCCCAAUUCUGUGCCCUGGUGUGACCAGCAAGAAUGCACGUUGUUCAGAGCUGCACUGUUGAGCCUGAGCUUGCCAGAUCCUGUGACCAUUGCCGAUGGUCACUGGAGCUAUGAGGAGCCUCUUCCCAGACAGUGGUGGGGCUGGACUGAAAACACCGAAAGCCCUGGGAAGCCAUCUAGAGUUUUUCGCUCCUGAAGGCACUGAAGGGUCUGGACAUGGGUAGGCUUAGAGGUAUAAACAGUGCUAUGAGCCCCAA